GUCAUCUUCGCCAAGCACCUGUGAUCGGGCCGCGUUUGAUUGUACUCUGCAGAAUUGUGUAUACUGUUCAGUUUAGUGUAUCGAUAGUGUCCCGCAGAGUGAGUUCGCAAGUUAAACGGAGGCUGUUGGAUAGCGGUCCGCCACGGAGCGGUCGCGCCCUCCGGCGGGGGCACUGACCGCCGACGAGAUCUCGAGCCGCAGCGGCGGCGGCGGCGGCAUGGAGUGCGGCGUGGCGGCGGGCGGAUUUACCGCGGCGGCGGGUGCGCACCCUCCGCGCGUACCGCCGGCGCCUGCACACCCCGCACUCUCGCCCACCGAGCGCUCGCCCGCCAAGUCCGGCUUGCACGUCAACUUUAGCGACAAGGGAGAGGUGAAGGAGAGGCGGGAGAAGUUUCUGACGGCGAAAUACGGCACCCACCAGAUGGCGCUGAUCCGCAAGCGUCUUGCCGUCGAGAUGUGGCUAUACGAUGAGCUGCAGAAGCUGUACGACAUACCGAAGGAGGGCGCCGCAUGUGCAUCGUCGCAGGAGGUGGAAGUCGACAUCGACGAGCUGCUGGACAUGGACACGGACGAACUGCGCCGCCGCCACCUCAACACGUUAUUAGCGGAUGCCAAAAAACCUCAAAAAGAUGUACAUAAAUUCAUCAACGAAUUAUUAGAAAAAGCGAAAACAUUGUAGAUUACGGAACGGUGGAAGCAAAUCUCAGAAAGAGCAGACUGCAAACCGCGCGGCAGAGCGGCGAGCCACCCCGCGCGGCGCCGCGUCCCCCACAGGGCCACACCGACCUGUCGGCGCGGCGGCGCGCGAACUCGCUGCCACGAGUCAUCAAUUGUGAUUCUUUGUAUGUUGUAAAGUUAGCUUUUAAUAAUGGAGUGGAACGCGUGUGAGCCAUCGCCAAACAUUGUUUUAGGGCUUGUGUAAGUAUACAAUUAUUGUCAAAAUAACUCAGUGGUAGUUGUAUCGCGUAGGUGUAUUAAUGCGAAUCGCGACCGCGUAGCGCGCGGUGCCCAACCUCGUUUUAGUGUUGACCACCGAGUCUUAGGGAUUAAUCUAGUUUUUGUGAAUUCUCAGGGACUUGUUGCUACGCGGUGUACGACGCGACGCCGCAUUUCUGUGACUAUCCGUUGUAUUUCUAUUGCGAACUGUGUUACUGCUCCUACAUCGUCAGGACUUAGGAUUUACAGUACAAACGUAUUUAGGCAUUUCUAGUCUCUGUAGUACACAGCCAAAAUUGUUACUCUAAAAAUUUGUUGUGACUUCCAAAGUCCGAGCACACUCCAAACCGAUAUAUAAUUAAUUAUUGUUAUAAUUUAUUUCCAUAUUAUAAGUUUAUUCAAUGUUUCGCCAUUUUAUGGUAGGCUGUACACACGUAGGCGUCAGCGACAUGUGUAUAGGUACGUUUGCGAGAAUAGCUACAUUAGACAAACGAGGCUCGGAUACAAAAAGCGAUAAAACAACCCGUAGACGUUCCAUGUUUUUGUAACGGCCCACGGUCGCAUUCAAUUCACGGUUGUCACUUUUAUAAUAAAUCAUUUUACUAGAA